CUGACGCAUUGCGUUUCAUUUCCACAAGAGAGACGGCAAGAAUAGCAGCAGCAGCAGCAACAACAACAACAAAAGCAAGAACAGCAGUAGCAGCAGCAACAAAAGCAGCAGCAGCAGCAGCAGCAAGAACAACAAGACAAGACAAGACAAUCCAGAGCUGCCAACCCAACCCAACGCAACCCAACGCAACCCAAACCACCAGAAUGCCGAGUCGAAGAACGAGAACCCACCGGCAAGCAACGAUCCGGGCGCUGGGCGCCGCCGCCCUGGCGUGGGCCCUGCUGGCCGACCACACCGCCAGCGGCUUUUCGUCGAGCUCGAACCCCGAGCGGACAACUCCCUCAACGACGACGACGACGAAGUCGGCGUCCGUGUCGUUUCCUGCCGACCGGAGAAAGGCCUUUCGACUCCACCACCAGCACGGCGUGGACCACGUGAACAACGGCUGCAUUGACAGCGACAUUGACAGCGAGAACAGCAUCGACAACAGCAACGACAACAGCAACGACAACAGCAACGACAACAGCAACGACAACAGCAUCGACAAAUACAACGACAACGACAACAACAACAACAAAAACAAAAACAAGGACACCAAGAAGGCCCGAAACAGCAAGGACCCGUGGCUGAGCCUCCUGGUGGCCGCCUCCUUUGUGGUCUCGGCCACGCUGGGCAGCGGCCUCCCGGCGGGAGCGGAAGAUCCCGUCUCGCCAGCCAGCACCAGCGCCGGUGGACUCGGCCUGGUCUCGCCGGGGACCGCCACCAUCGAGGCACGGGUCAGGGACGGGGACACCCGGGCCCUCCUCCGGUCUACCGAAACGGCGGUCACCAGCCUGGCCAAGACCGCGCUCCUGGACGGGGAGCACCGGGCCGCCCUGGCGGGAUCGGUCCAGCGGGUCUUCUCGGCCGCAAAGACGGAGCUCUCCUCGGUGGAGGCCUGGAGGGAGGUGGUGGGCAUCGUGAGGGACUACGGGGCAGACCUGCAGAGGGAGACCGAGGUGGUCGUCCGGCCCCCUUCCGAUCUCAGGCGCAUGGUCGACGACGCGGUGGACCACCAGCGGGUCAACCUCCUGGUCAACGGGGAGAUCCUCCAGAUCACCGCAGAAUACCGUGCCGGGACCAGCGAUCCGAUCGCCGCCGGGGACGCAUCUUCUGCCGCCGCCGUCGCCGUGGUUCAGCCCGACGACGAGUGGGUCCUCCGCAUCCGCGGCUACAAGGGUUUCGAUCCCACGGCCCUCAGCCUGGCGAUGGAGCCCGCCCGGUACGAGCGGAGCACCCCGCAGUGGCUGAGAGACUGGAACGACUACUGGAAUUCGCCCCUGGACCGAGACAGCGGCCUCGGCAGGGUCUUUGGCCAGGGCGCCACCCACGGCGACGUUAUCGUCGUGGAGGGCGCGGCGGCCGUAGCUCUUUCUUACGCGAUCUCCUACGCCUAUUACGUGAGCGAGAACGAAAAGGCCGAGGAGGAGGCCCGGCAGAAGGCUGCCAAGCGUGCCGAGGCCGCCAAGAAGAAAAAGGAGGCCGCUAGGGCAAAGGCCGCAACGGCCGAGCCGGCGACGAAAACGAAAACGAAGACAAAGAAGAAAAAGGAAGCCGCUAAGACGAACCAAGCCCCAAAGAAAGCGGCCGAGCCCGUCGCGGCCAAGGCGGUCGCGCCGGUCAACGUUUCCGGGACGAUGAAGCCCCUUGCGGCCGCAGGAAAGACGGGGGAGGCCGCCGGCGGGGACGACGACGACGACAUCAAGGUUGUCAUCGACUUUGACAAGAAGGGAAAGGUCCAGCUCACCGCCAUCGAACCGCAAACCCCGUCUCCUGUGGCACCCGGGCAGCGGAAGAAUGGCCUCCUGCCCUUUCUCCAGGCCCUCUACUUUCCAUGGCUGGGCUUUUUCUUCUCCUCCUCGCCGAAACCCGGAGAGGACAACCGGCCGAGGAUCGUCGCCCUUCUCCAGGCCCUCUACUUUCCCUGGGCCGGGGUCUUUUUCCCGAGGCUGGAACCCGGUGCCGAGCAAAACCAAGAACCCUCCUCCCAAUCCCCGGCACAAGCACAAGCACAAGCACAAGCGGGAGCCGGCGGCGGGGACGGCGGAGGCAACAACGGGGUGUUGCCCUUUGUCCGCGCCCUGUGCAUUCCGUGGAUCGGGAUCCUCAUGGGGAAGUGAUGCCAAACCUCGGCGACGCACAACGACGAAUCUCACACCGUUUCCGGGCUAGGGAAACGAACGACACGAGCAACGAACAACAAACAACGAACCUCGAGGACGAAACACGCCGCGUUCGGGGCUUGCGCACCCACAUCUUAUACUAGUAUCGUACAUUCUCCGCAUCACCAAAGUCUCACACACUGCACAAGUGCAAACCACACGAAACGAAACCGCAGCAGGUACGGUGCUGCCAUACCAGCGCGCUACUAUUAGUUUGUCGUGCCUUUCCUUGCCGCACCCUCGCAGGGUCGCUGGGAGCAGGCAUGGAACCUGUGAUGGAACACAACACAACACAAUAAUUAAUCUCUUGAUGG